GAUUCUCAAAACCCUAUCGUGAUCAAGCUAUAAACAAGUUUGUCUGUUGGGUUCUUCACAGAGUUAAGAACAGGAUGAAGCAUCCCUGGGAUAGAUAACCUUGCUGAAUGUCAAGUAUACCUCCGUGCGUUCCUUCAAAUAUCAUGCGAGGAGCCAAAUCGUCAUCUAAUCUGCACUCGAUACCCACACCAAAAAGUUCUUCACUGUUUCGUCGUAUUUGCGACCAUACCAAAAAGCGGUAUGUCCGACAGUCCAUGGAUUUCCCAAGUCCGGGGGACGAAGCAGCUUUUCGUGAAGUUUACAUAGCUGCCAUGGGAAGACACACCUAUAUAUCUAUGUUCAUGCUUUUUGGGUUUUACAUUGUUGGGUUGGUGACCGACACUAGCGCAGCCACCAGGAUAGGAUGGCCGCCGGGCUUUUUGAUGGUUCGAAACACAUGUACGGGCAUUGGGCUACUUCUAACAUUCUCUGUUCUCUGCUCGUAUACCUUUAAAUCCCUCCACCGAUUCCGACCAAUUUGCCUUCGUAUCCUUUUGUUCCAUUGGUACUUUAACGGAAUCGUGUUCGUACCAUGUUCAGACCUCCUUUUUUCAACCACGGACUUGGGCAUCACCCUCCCCACACCCCUCGUUAGUCCCAUAGAUAUUAUUCACGCUCUACCAAACGUAAUUGGCACAAUUCUAACCAUCUGCUGCGGCUUUGCGACAAUACCACUCCCCUUCCGAUACUGCUUCGGAUGUGCCUCUGUUCUCGUUUUGAUGCAAAUUAUUAUCUUCAUGGCGGUUGCCCAUGAUGAAUCCGCAAGUCUGUACUAUGCAGCGUCGUUGAUAUCAACCUUUGCCAUGAUCAGAAGUGGAAGAGAAAUGGCGUACGAUCGUGAGAGAAUUAUGCGAAGAAUGUGGCUGGAAAACAUUUUGGCGACCGAUCGUUCAUCGGUAACAAGUAGAGGCUCUGAGGAUCAGAGUGCUGGACAAACGGGGAAAGAGUCACACGGAUGGCACAUCAGUACAAGCGGUUUGUUGCGCCAUAUCAUGCCAAGAUUUAUGGCACGAGAUGUGGAAGCCGAGUUCCAGCUAUAUCGCACACGAAAAUUCCUGACUUCCUUUACGACGGAAUUAAUUGGAAAUGCACUGUCAACCACCAUUGGAGCGGUGCUGAUGCAUCAAGAUAACAGUAGUGUAUCCUCUAUCACAAAAGUCUCUCAAGGUCACUUGACGCUAAUGAUGAUUUGGGUAUCAUCGGUGACGGCCGUCACAGUUCUUCUCCUUCAUGUAUUUCGUAGACGCCCCCUCAUCGCGCAAGUGAUUGUCCUUCUCCAAGCAACUCUCAUAACGGGGUUGCACCUUUUGAUAUUCCGCAACACGUACGAGCCACAAAAAACAAUGGACGGCAUGAGUUUGAACUACAUAGUCAUGGCUGCUGUUGCACUGACAUCCCCAUUGACCUCUACACCCGUAUCAUUCAUGUUCACAGUCCUACUCAGUCCCUUUUACAUUGCGGUCGUGAUCAGCAUGUACGUCAAUUCUAGUGAUGUUCGGACUUUGGUAAACUUGGGUUUCAUAUUUGCCGUGAUUGGACUACCCGUUUACACCCAUGACCUGGAAUAUGGCUUGCGGAAGCAUUUUGAGGUUUUGAAGGAAAAGCACAGCAGUUUGCGAGUAGACCACUUGGCAACGGAUGAUCAACCUGUUCGAUCAGUGCAGCAGGCACAUCUGUAGAGGGCUUUUUCAGUUGUUCACAUGUACAUAGUAGAAACUUAGAAAUAAAGAUAGAAGAACUCCUGAAAUGGUCUACCAAGGAAGUAUCUAG